AUGCGAGCGCUCUUGUUUGUUUUGACGCUCGCAGGGUCUCUGGCGUCAGAUGCUCCGGUUCCCGUCCACCUGGGACCACCUUCGCUCGUCUACAGCUCGUCUUUCCGCUCGGUGUGCAAGCCCGUACCGACCACCCUGUCUCUAUGUCACGGCAUCGGCUACCGUCACAUGCGGCUGCCCAAUCUGCUGGGGCACGACUCUCUGCGGGAGGCCCAGCAACAGUCUGCCGCCUGGCUGCCGCUCGUCUCCAAGCUGUGUCACCGGGACACUAAGAAGUUUUUGUGCUCUUUGUUCGCCCCAGUUUGCGUGCCGGACUACGGCGCGCCAGUUAACCCGUGCAGGAGUCUGUGCGAGGCCGUGCGCGACCACUGCGUUCCCGUCAUGAGCGCUUUCGGCUUCCCGUGGCCCGAGAUGUUCAACUGCAGCCGAUUCCCCCGUGGGACCCAACUCUGCAUCCCGCCGAGCGGGGAGCAAGGUGUGCGGACCACGGAAGAGUUCACCCACGAGGAUGCGCUCAAAGGGAGUGUGAUUUGUGAUGCCUGCAGCCUGGCAGCAGAGGGAGAGACUGACAUCCAGGACAACUUUUGUCAAAGUCCAUAUGCAUUUAAGAUGCGUCUGGGCAGUGUGUCGACGGUGGGUGGAGACCUUCAGCUGGUGCCUUUGGCCCGAAGCCGCAUCCUGAGGUGGGCAGGGGGAGGUGCAGAGAGGGCGGGGAUCGGAGGUGCGAUGGCCCACAAUGCUCUGUGGCUGCAGGAAGGAGGAACUUGUGCGUGUCCAGGCUUGGACUCGGCAGACAAUAGAGAGGAUGGUUUAGGGGGGAAGGUCAUGGACAAAAAGUUGAAAAGAGUCCAGGAAGGCUGGUACUUGGCACUGGCUCGAGCUGAGGAGGGAAGGCUUGUAUUGACACGACUGGUGCGCUGGACGAAAACUGACAAAGAACUGAAGAAGUUCAUUAGGGGGAUCCUGAAACAACCCUGUCCUGAGCUGUAG